CAGGGCGGAGCUGAUCCUGCUGGAUGGACUGGUUCUGCGAGGUGGGAGGAUUGUAGUACCUGCCAGACUGCAAGAAAGGUUAGUGGCACAUGCUCACGAUGGGCACCAGGGCAUGGUGCGUACGAAGCAGCGGUUGAGGGGAUCCUACUGGUGGCCGGGCAUGGAUGCAAUGGUUGAGUCAGCUGUCAAAACCUGUGACAUGUGUAUGACGUCAGACAAGUCUGCAAAGCCCCGUAAGGCACCACUGUGUCCCGUGCCGUUCCCCGAUAGGCCCUGGGACAAGUUGGGCAUUGACUUCAUUGGACCGAUGCAGGGACCCGCCCAGCAGCAAUAUGCUAUCGUGUUGGUUGAUUAUUACUCGAAGUGGGUGGAGAUGGCCUUCGUCCGUGAGCCGUCAUCUGAUGCAGUCGUGGAAUUUCUGUCCACAGUGGCUUCCCGUGAAGGCUUUCCACGCCAGCUGGUGUCUGACAAUGGCACCCAUUUCACCUCCAGGAAGUUCGAGGAGUACCUGAGGAGUGUCGGCAUUGAACACAUCCUGGUCUCGCCCUACCACCCGGCAGGAUCUGGCGCGGUGGAGCGUGUCAACCGCUCCAUCAAGUCGGCGCUGCAGAUGGCGGAGGCUGCGGGGGAGGACCGGACAACGUUCAUCCGCAACUACCUCAUGAACUACAGGGCUACGCCGCACGCCACUACCGCCUCGUCGCAUCGUGCAGCAGACCGGCCCGGUGUCGUACCGACUGGACGACGGCACGCGGGUGCAUGCCGAGCGGGUGACCAGAGCUCCGGAUGUUCCUGACGCGGGAGCAGCUGAUGCAGCUGGUCCGCCUGCUCACCGUGCUGUGGCCGACGCAGACGACUCUGGCUCAAGCGAUCCUGACUCUGGCUCGGGUCCCGUCGAGGAGACUGAACCCGACGUGACCGACGCUGGCGGUGGGGAUGGCCGUGGUGUGUCUGGCCGGCAGGCUACGGGGGUGACACGGUCUGGGCGAGUGGUAUAUAAGCCUGACCGUUAUGGCUUUCCUUAAAGGAGGGGGAAAAUGUGGUGUAUUCUGUACCUACCUGUACGUACCGGCGAGGCGGUUCACUGUUGCUGAGCUGUGCUGAGCUGUGAGCUGGCAGCGGCCGGCGGUCGACCGAUUGUGCCCCGGAGGCACGUGACGUAACGUGGCUGACCUGGCGCUCGGGCGCAGCUCCGGGCGGGGAGUCGAGCUGCGGCGGUCGCGCGGAGCGGCCGGAGUGGUCACGCAUUUCGCGCAUUUCAAGUCAGCUGUAUGUCUUUAUUUUCUUGUUUCGUUUGUGAGUCAAUGCAUUAUCAAGAAGCACUUACCUCUUUGGAGUGACAGUCGGCCGAGACGGAGAACUGCUGAGGGACACGACACUACAGAUAGUUUGUGUGUUAAGCCUAUUGUGAAGAGAAACCUUCACGCCCGGCUGACGUCACAAACCUCGGCUACCAAAUCGUGUCCGGUGGGGGUCGGGUGAAACUGCAAUGU